AUGCCUCCAUUGCUUGGGCCAAUUGCUGAUUCUCAAAAUUUCAGUCUCGAUGCUUCCGGUGUUGCUGGUUUCUUUGGCGGCGAGGAAGCUAUCACCGCCAUGGCUACUGUGCACCUGUAUAGGGGACGUAGAUGGCUCGUCUGGUACAACUCCCCCGGCAGCUACACUAUAGCCAAGGAGUUCGGCAGGAUAUCCAAGUCAAGAUCUUGGAGUGGUCUUUUUCCUGGCUCCAACCACGAUCCAGCUGUUGCAUUCAAGCUAGACGUGAAGACUGGCCUGAAAUACGUGGCAUCACGCUCAGGAACUGGGACAGAUGAUGCAACACCAUUUCCUCUUCCUGCCACACGAACCACUACGAAUUCACGCAUCUCUAUCGUCACUGUCCCUGAAAUCGCAUAUCACAACCUUCUUGUACAGACCAUGAGCUACCACCACGCCGUCUUUGCCAGCUUCCCUAUCCUGGUCAGCAUCAGUACAUGCAUCUUUUCCGCCUUAUACGCAGACUGGUACUGCUUUGCAAUGAUCCUCCUCGGUAUUAUUUCUAGUGGUGUCACAUGUUUCAUCAUCGGCUCCGGAGUCCUCGAUAUCGAAACUGUCAAGAACCAGCACUGA